CCAGUUGACAACACUGAUGUAUAAAGACUAGAGAAAAAGCACUAUGCCUGUAGUCCCAGUCCUCAUGGUCCUAUAUACAAAUGAUGCCACCGAGGUCAGGUACUCAGAUGGGUCCUGUCUCAGAAUGGCACCAUGCGGCUCUACUUUUGUGCAUUACCAGAAUCCAGGGGAGACCAUUCACCCUGCUCAUGGUAUGAAGAUGAUAAGUCAUCGUUGUCAGUUUGUGACGAGUGACUACAGACAGAAAGUGUUGGAAGCACUCGACUUCAGGAACAGAUUUGCAGAACGACCUUAUGUGUGUCCAGACCUACUUCUACAGGACCAGCUGGUGCCUUUAUAUGCUGAUAUAAGUGAUGUAGCUUGGCCACAGACCCUUGAAAAAGCUUCAUAUGAAUACCUUCCUGAUGGUAGUGUCAGGUUGAUAUCUGAGGAUGAGCAUUCGAGUAUGGUAUUCUCUACUCACAAACAAGACUUCACCAUCUGCUAUCUGUCCAAGGUCAGCCAGGACAAACCCAAGGUCAAGGCAAGACAUAAGUUCAAGGCCAAGAGUAUGACAUCUGCAACCAAAAGAACAGAAAAUGGUUUGAUCAGGGAUGGAUUUCAGCCUGAAGUCAAGGAAAAACAAAAAAUUUCACCAGGAAAUGGAUUCUUCAGUAGAAAUCAAUGUUCGGAUAGAUGCUUACUAAACUCUGAUAGUGUGGUAACUAACAUAUCAUCAGAGAUAAGAAAUACUUCUGAAAAGGUGAAUAUGGGAUCAGAUAAUACAGCACUGACAAGUCCUCACAACCAACAGGAACAGACCGAUUCACCAACUCCGAAACUUAAUGAUGACAAGAAAAAUUAUCAGGACACAAGUUCAAAUGUAGGUCAUGGCCGACUGAUGAGAAAUAUAGAUUCUGUGGAGGGGUAUAGUGGCAGUCCACUGUCUGAUGACCUCCAGCGCAGAUUGACCGGUGACCUAAGUAUCUCCCCUAUAAGUCUUAUAAGUGGACUAGGCAGUGAAAAGUCAUCACCUUGUACAGAGGAGGAAUAUCGUCUGUAUUCCACACCGACUUAUGCCCAAACCGACCCCCGCGGGGCAGGGUCACAGAAGUUUAUACAUGAAAAGGGUGCUACCUUUAAACAGUACAAACGCGAGCAUCAAGAUGAUGGAUCUUUUCUUGAUUAUCCUUCUGGUAAAGAUAAAAGUGAAGACGUUGACUCAGCUGUUGAUGAAACAUUGACCAGUCAAAACGUGUCAAUAACACAAGACCGUCGAAGAACAAAAGUUCAGACCGAAUUUAGUCAAAAUGGCAACUCGAGUGAUAUUCAAAAUCCUCCUCAAAUUGUGUUUAGAUCAAGACAGUUAAUUACAGAUGAAAACAAUCCAAAGACUGACUUUAAUGAAGAUAAAUUCAUCAAAGGCAAAUUAUCAAAUGAGCCCAGCCCAAGUAUCCAAUCAGAAAGGAGAACUGAUAGAUCAUGGGAGGAGUCCUCUCCAAGAAACCAAUCAGGUGUAAGGGAAGUUGGGUCAUGGGAGGAAUACAGUCCAGGUAGCCAAUUGGUAGACAGGAAAGCAGUAUCCAUGGAGUUGCCCGAGGCUCGCAUACAUUACACAUGGGUUACAAGACACUACUCAUGUGAGGAAUGUCCAGUGGUUUGGAGUCACCCGGUCAAUUUGGCCCGAGCUGUACUGGACAACAGGGAAAGCCUUGAGCAGAAGGCCUUGAAGCUUUGCUCCAACCCAAAGAAAACGUUAUCCAAUUCUCGAAGUGAGCUUAGGAACAAAUGUGUCCUGUCAACUCUGCCCCGCCCUUUACCUCUCAGCUGUGAAGGGCAACAUCUUCACUCCCUUGGAGGUCAGUACCUGUAUGAUGAUGAGAAAGAUGUGGAGGCAAAUCUGGCCAUAUUCAAACAAGGCAAGCUGAAGGUGCUUUUAAUAGAAGGAGUUGUGUUUAGGUUUGUGAGGCUGGCGACGACUAAAGUGGUGGAAAUAUUUCCAGGUGACGGCAGUGUAAUCACAUCACAGGGAUUGUCUGGACACUUCUUCAAACAUGUCAUCCCUCGCGGCCAUGACAAGGUAGAAGAAAGAACAUAUUCCCUGAAAUCUGCCCCACCCACUCCUCCAAAGGCAGCUUACUCUGUAGAGAAGCUCAUCAAGAGGGCACACAGGCUUUUACUCCAAGCUGGUCAAGAGGACAAAAUGAUUACUAAUGCUGAUGUGUGUUGCUGGAAGUAUGUUGAUAGAAAACUAGAACUCUUGCCCACUUCGUUACUGGAGGAUUGCUGCAUUCCCAACCACGGUAAAUUUUCUGCCUACUCCAACGGACAUGUCCGCAUUUUGUUUGAUGACCGCACAUCUUUAGAGAUGACUUGUGACUUCAGUAGAAGAGUGAAAAGUUGUCUGGAGCACACAGAAGGAACAUCAGUAGGCGAUGCUCAGAUGGAAGCAGAUGAGAAUCACAGCAUUUUAGUGACAAAACAGCACUUAACUGCUAAACAGACUGGUUUGUGUAAGCUUCUCCUACCCAAUGGUCAGUACCAGAUAGUGGAUGUCCAUCAGUCUGGGGUGUAUAAAAAGUAUACAGAUGCAGCCAUGGAAUGGCAGGCUUGGGUUAACAGUUCUCCUGGACAAAGGAAAGAUUUCUAUGAACGCUGGGACAAGCAAGACAACCAUAAUGUGAUGGCAGCCAAGGAGCUACAGAAGAUCAAAUGUUUUAACUAUAUUGUUGACAAUACGAUGGGUAAACAAACAUCAUCUCAGAGUGAUAGUGCUGUGAUAUCCCAACCAUCCACCACCAGAGUGAACGUUGUGCAAUAUUCUUCAGUUCCUCAAAUAGGAUAUCUGGACAAAUCAGAUAGCAUUACAAAUAAAUGGCUAUCUGAUGAGGAUCAAGGACAUUACAGUCAAGGUCACCAUGGAGCCUUUUCACAAGGGCACACUCCUACAGCCUCAGGAGAUGGUCACAUGAUCACUGAAUGGAAUUCUGGGAAUCAGGGUUACAGUAUUCCACCAAGAAAAUUCCUGCCAGCUUCUGGCCAAAAUUUGUAUCAAAGGCCAAGAGGUCCGAGCAGGAACAUAACUGACAAUGCUUCAAUGAACAGUUACGACACACUACAGGGCUUCAAUGCUGUCCGCCAAGCCCUCCUCAAAACGUCCAAGGCAAUACAGGAUAUUGAUUGUAUUUUAGAUAAACAAUCAUGAGAUUUUCAGCCGUUUACCAACGUUAUCACCAAUCUCAACUUUUUUUUCUUUUUUUUUGUCAAAUCAUUUGGUGCACUUGUAUAUGGUUUAAAAAAGAUAUUCAUUUACAUGAAUUUUGUAUGUUUUAAUAUAUUCUGUUUGGAUGUUUAAAUUCUUUAGUUUGAUGUUGUACGGUAAAUGUACAUGUAUUUAGGUUGCCCAUGAAUUUCGUGAGUUUUAAGGCACAUGCAUUACAUUGUUUUGGUGUUUGUUGGUUGGUUAUAAUUACUGAAUGUAUUUGUAUAUUUUACCAAUUUGACACAUACCUUGUGAUAAACUCAUUUGUUUAUUUCAGGAUGCUCUAUUUCAUUUUAUCCCAGAAUAUGAUGGGGAAAUAUUGACUAAAUUUUCAUUACAGAGACAUUCAAAUUAAUCUGAAAGAAAUAUUAUAAACAAGAGUUCCGCCAGCGUUACAAAAUGCGCCCAUCCUAAGUUGAACAACCAUAACUGGAUGAAUUUCAGGUGGAUAAUUUUGGUUUCUAGGUUGUAAGAUUGAUUUCCAAGAUUAUCUACUGAAUUUCUAUAAAGUUAAUGGUGCUUGUGCAAAAACUGCUAAGACGAUUUGUAGCAAAGGAUAUUUUUGAUUUGUAGGAAGGAUUACUGACAACUCUUAAACAAACGGACAUUGAUGAUUGGUAGAAAGGUUUCAUUCAUAGGAAGGCUUAUUGAUGAUUUGUAGGAAUGUUUAUUAUGAUAUUUACAAAAGUUUACAGACUUUUAAUAAAUAUUGUAAGUUCACUGAUAUUUCGUAAUAAAAGUUCACUGACGAUUCAUAGGAAGGUUAUUUGCCAUCAUUUGUAGGAUUGGGUUGAAAAUCAUGGAUUAUUCGCCCUUUGUGGAAUUGGGGAAAUUGUCCAGUGCAGUAUCACAUAUAGUCAAAUCGAUGAGAUAACAUGGCCAUGUAAUGGUAUGUUGACUGGAAGUAAAAUUGUAAGGAUUACCUUACCAUGGUAAAGUGCCAUCAGAUCAGAGUAGAAGGUUUCUAUCACACCUAUAAGAAGUUUAUUAACAGUAAUGGAAAACAUCAAGUCAAUGGUUGUACAAAGUAGGUUCUAUUAUGAGUUGUCAACAACCCAUCUUUGAAGUAAGCGACUGUAGUUGUUUUUGGUUAGCGGGCUUGUUGCUAAAAUCAACGUUGAAAUCUCCCAUUAUGACAGUUUCACAGCCCUAUAGAUGUUGAUGGGGUAAUCGUAAUUGUAUGGUAAUUUACUGUUGACUACUAUUCCAUGAAAGGCGGGUGUGAUAUGUUGAUAGGGUAGUCAUGAUUGUAUGGUAAUUUACUGUAGACUACUAUUCCAUGAAAGGCGGGUGUGAUAUGUUGAUAGGGUAGCCGUGAUUGUACGGUAAUUUACUGUAGACCACUAUUCCAUGAGGAGGCCUUUUGUCAGCCUUUGAUGAAGAAUCCUAUCUCUAUUGAUGGAAUCCAUUUAUUGAUGAAAGGAUGUUUGAAUCUGUAGACAUGUAUCUGGAUUCCACAACAUGCACUGGACAUGAGGUUGUCACAUCUGAUGUCUUCAAUAUGGCGAAGUGAUCUUGCAUUUACAAAGGCUAUUUUGUAUGUAGAAGGUAUUUUGUACAGGAAUUGUAUGCUGGGUAGAAAUUCAUCCUCUCGAAGUCUUUUUAUUUCUUCGCCAACUUGUUUGUUUACUGCAAUUUUAUCAUCUUCAAGAUUGGUCUAUUUUACAGUUUGAUGUCAUGUCAAUGACCACUUUAUCCAUUGUAUCAAACCUAUUUUGGAAAUGUACCAUGGGCCAUAACUCUGUAAAUAAGGGGCGAAAAAAUUUGGUUAUCAAACUUGACCUGGCUUUUAUGGUAAUAAACCUUCAUGUGAAGUUUCAAAUUAAUCUGUAAAAUAUUAUUCAAGUUAUCGAACGGAAACCUAUGUGCAGCCACCCACCCGCCCGCAUGAAAACAUAAUAUGUUCCUUCUUUCGACGAGUAUAUAUGAUUGAUAAUUCAACCCUAAUUACAGUAAUUUAAAGACGAUUCAAAUGAACCAAAUGAUUUUACUACCAAAAAACAAACAUGUUUCAGCCUCUAGAGUAGCAUUGCUGUUACCAUUUUCCGUCAACUUGUGUUGGAAUAUGUAAAUUCAGGUUUAUUUUUUAGAUUUUAAAUACUAUUUGUCUUUGAAUCUCCUAGUCAUCUCAGUAUUGACUAUUGUAGAUGCAGACCUGUUGGUGGUAUAUGUGUUUGACAGUGUACAGUCUGUUUAUAAACAUUAACUACAGCAAAUACUAAAAAAAAAUUAUUGAAUUAUGUGACUGUUUGUUUGAUUUAUGGUGAUGUGUGCAUUUGUCAAGAUUUUGUUGCUAUAAUUUAUCUUCAUUCCUGACUUUCUGUAUCUUUCUAUUCAUAAUUCCCAUCUUUUUGUAUCUGUUCAUCUGUCUUUAUAUGCAUGGUUUCAAGAGAAUUUGUCAAAGAUGCUUAUUUGUGCAAUCUAUGAAAAUAUUGGUUUCUGAAUGGAAGCAACAUAAAAGUUGGAUAGAAUUCAUAAAAAUAAGUCUAUUUCCAGCUGAAGGUCAAUGCAGGGUCAGAGGUCAGUAUUUUGGAAAAAAAAGACCACAUUGAUGUUAAUUUGACCUUGAUUUCUUUUCAUUGGUGGUUAUUUCUAGCUCACUAAAUCUGUAUGCUACACCAUUUUUAGGGGAUGAACAUAUAAUUGUUACAAGGAUACUCAGCUUCUCUUCUGUUCUGUUUUGGCAGAUAUAAUGUGUGUGUCCAUCUAAUACACUGACUGAAUGUUUGUAUUGCUCAUAUU